AUGACCAUGCUUUUCGUCACCUGUAAGUUCGAGCGACCGCCUUCUGCGAGCGGCGGUUCCUUUUCCAACCUCACAUGUGCUCUCUUUCUACCCGCAGUCGGCCUGCAAAUCCUCUUCCUCGCCGCCAGCUCCAUCCCCUUUGACUGCAUCGGCACCAUCUACCUCUCGGGUUCGCAAGCUCCUCUUCUACCCACUUCGAUGACAACGCGUGAUUCAUUGGACGAAAAGGAAUUUGAUAUCUCGCCCCAUCUACUCGUGAUCGAUGUCGACCCGAUGGAGGAACGUCUGAGUGGGGAUACCUAUUAG